AUGGAAAACGGGAGGAGGGAAGAGACGGCGUGGGCCGAGGUGGACAGGGAGGAAGAGGGGGCAGAGCAGAUGGAAGGGGAGGGGAGAAAAGGGGAGGAGAUGGAGGUGGGUGGGUUGUGGUGGUGGACAUGUGGGACCCAUCUCGACCACCAGAGCAGCAGAUCAAGCGGGGAGGCAUGGUACACAGCAACGCAUACCACGUCGCAGCGCUGUCAGGCUGGCAGACAAGAGGAGAGCUGCAUUCCACUCCGCGCUUUCCCGUUUGAAGACAUCUCUGUGUCCAUGUUGCUCGCUGAAGCGGCCUCCUUCCAUUCCUCUCAGCAUACUGAUGCUCAUGCGCAUGCUGGGCAGGGGAGAGGUGGGAAGGGAGGGAAGGGGAAACAGCAGAGGGAGGCAUGUGUUGGGAGGCAGAACAAGCAACGGAGGAAAGGAGGGGCAGCUGGGGAUGAGUCUGUUAAGACUGGAGAGGUGGAGGAAGGUGCAAUGGAGGGUGGGGAAGGGGCAGAGAAGGGUGGGAAGAAAGGAGGCUGUGAUGCUGGUGCUGGUUGUGGUGGCGAUGAGGGCACUUGUCAUCUGUCUCCCCCUUCCCCCUCACACCCCUGCUUCUCCCUCCCCUGCAACUCCGUUGUCUGUCCCCUUUCCCCUCCCUACCUUCCCCUCGUCGUGUCUCCCUCCCGCUGUUGCGCCGGGCAUCAGAGCACGGAGGCCAUGAGUGCACCACAGCUACUGGAGGCCUUGGAUCUCUGGGGCAGGUGCGGGCUGUGGUGGGGGGUGGGAGGGUUUCUUAGGCACCACUUGUCUGCCCCAUCAGGUGGUGCACUGCAAGGAGCUGCUACAGAGGAAACCGCGCUAUGGCAAGCCAGCCAGCCAGUUAUGCCCUGCCACGUGGCACGCCUUGGCUCGUGCGGGCGUCUCCCAGCUCUAUUCCCAUCAGAUAAGCACACGUGGGUCGUGCCUUCCCGUGCCUCUUCUCCCCCUUUCCCUUCAGUGAAGGCUAUUGACGCGGCACUGGCCGGGCGGCAUGCAAUCAUUGCGACAGCAACAGCGAGUGGCAAGUCGUUGUGCUACAACGUGCCAGUCCUCCACACGCUGCUCUCCCACCCCCACGCUACCGCCCUCUACCUCUUCCCACUAAGACUCAACUCACAAGGCAAGUCGUUGUGCUACAACGUGCCGGUCCUCCACACGCUGCUCUCCCACCCCCACGCCACCGCCUUCUACUUCUUCCCCACUAAGCCCUACUCUCCCACCUCGCUUCCUCCACUCCCCACGCUUCCUCCUCCCAAGGGCCAUCCAGCCCUACUCUCCCACCUCGCUCCCUCCACUCCCCUCGCUUCCUCCUCCCAAGGGCCAUCUAGCCCUCCUCUCCCACCUCGCUUCCUCCACUCCCCACGCUUCCUCCUCCUAAGGGCCAUCCAGCCCUCCUCUCCCACCUCGCUUCCUCCACUCCCCACGCUUCCUCCUCCUAAGGGCCAUCCAGCCCUCCUCUCCCACCUCGCUUCCUCCACUCCCCACGCUUCCUCCUCCCAAGGGCCAUCCAGCCCUACUCUCCCACCUCGCUUCCUCCACUCCCCACGCUUCCUCCUCCCAAGGGCCAUCCAGCCCUACUCUCCCACCUCGCUCCCUCCACUCCCCUCGCUUCCUCCUCCCAAGGGCCAUCUAGCCCUCCUCUCCCACCUCGCUUCCUCCACUCCCCACGCUUCCUCCUCCUAA